AUGGCAAAUUUCUUGACAAAAUAUUUUAAAGCAUCAAGGCCUGUACUGAAGGAAGAGCUAAUCGGUUUAUGUGGCGCAGGGCCCAUAAUUAACAUUGUUGGUAGUGUUGUAUGUGACCCAGAAGAAUAUUUGCUUAUCCCAUCCCCUUACUAUGGUGCGUUUGCACCUGAUUUGUCGUUCAUGUCGCAAGUUCGAUUAUUUCCAGUGGACCUUACGUCUGAGAUUAAAGAACCUUAUUUGGAACCUUUUCAAUUAACUGUUCCAGCCUUAGAGAAAGCAUUGCAGCAAGCAGUAUCACAGGGAAAAAGGGUUAAAGGCUUCUUAUUUUCUAAUCCUGUAAAUCCUUCAGCUUCCUAUUUCACGAAGCAAAUGAUUAAGGAUUAUCUAGACUUUGCUCAUAGACAUGAACUCCACAUUAUAUUCGAUGAAAUCUAUUACUUGUCCAGCCAUGCGCCUGAUGCUGAUGUUAUUAGCGUGCUGAGCAUGAUUAAUGAACUACCCGAUCCUAAGAGAACCCAUUUCAUUUGGGCUUUCAGUAAAGACUUUGCUAGUUCCGGUCUCCGGGCAGGAAUACUAUGGACGCAAAACAGUGAACUUGCAGCAGCAGCAGGGGCAUGCUCUCGAUUUAGUGGAAUAUCACCUCCAACGCAAAAACAACUGACCAAUAUGAUCACUGAUUACGGUAUCGUAAGCUUUUGCGUUAAAUUAGAUUGA